AUGAAUGCUAACAUGUUCACGGAUAUCAAUGCUGCUCCGGCCAAGGCUUUGUUCGAGGCACUGACGAGUAACGGAGAAGCAAAAGCAUCCGCGAUCACAAAUCUGGAAUCCAGUGAUGACUGGUCAAAUCCUCAAACCAUCUGCUACAAGAUCGUAGUGCCUCUGAUGCACGCUUACGCUCGUACCCGCAAUCUUCCUGCUUUCCUAGACCAGUGGUCCGCCUGCCUCAGCGCCCAGGUUUCUUCCAAGAAGACAUCCAAAUGGCUUCUCUGGGCAGAUUUGUCCUUGGAAGAAGCAUUGAGAGCUGUUCUGGAGACGUCCCUUACAUCCGCACAGAUAUCAGAGCUGUUGGACUCUCGCCAAAAUGCAUUGAGCCAAUCAGCUUCAUCGUCUUCUAUUGCAAGCCCCCAAACCUUCGCGAACAUUGUCUUGCUGAACGCUAUUGUUGGUGCUGUGAAGACCGACGCUACCAUUGACACACUUAUGUCUUACCUAGAGUCGUUGCUUGCUGCAAUGGAGGGUGCCUUCCUCCAGCCUACUGACAUCAGUGGUCCUCUUUCUGCUCAUAUGCUCGGUCUAUGUUCCCGAAUUUUCCAGCUAUGGUAUCCAAUCUGGUCGACUUCAAAUUCGAGCGAGGAAGUUGAGACGAGAAACGCAACACUUCUGGAUGGAUCGAUUACGAAAUUCGCCAUGGAAAGGAUUCAAAGCGGCUCCAAACCAAAAACUGGCACCUCUACAGGCACCAUAUCAGAAAUCGAUUCUGCGUUCGUCUUCAUCGCAUCGAUAUGCGACAUGCAGAGGCAACUGACUGGCCAUGAAUCCGAUUACGCACAUCUUUUCUGCCGUGCGGCUUUGCCCAUCAAAGAAGGAGACAAGUCCAGCAGUUAUGCUGCGCAGCGACCCGUCGCUUUCUUGACCGUUCUAACUGGAUUCCCUAGACUUUUGACUUGCAUCCCUACGACCGAGAGAGUCCAACUCUUCAAGACUUUGUUCAGCAGCUUCUUCUCUGGUUCUGCGCAAGCAAACUCUGUGCUUCAUGAAUUCUUGAGCGCGGUGUUUGCAACCAGCGAUCUUCCUACCAAAGACGAUCUUUUUACUGUUGUCUGUGAGGCCAUAGAGAGUUCCGAUUCAUCAGGCUCGUGGUUUGAUAUUCUCCUGCAGUGGCCGUUGAAGGGGUUGUCACGUCCACAACGUGAGAAAAUCUUGGACGUUAUUGUAUCCUCAACAAUUAAAGAGGUAUCCAAUGAACAAACCAAGCAGCAAGCACUCGAUCUGAUUGCAGAACUCCUCGAGCUACCUAAUGCGACAGCCAAGAUCUCGGUGACGCCUGCUGUGCUCUGGGACCUUGCUGGAGUACCUUAUAACGGCACUGAGCUAAACGCCUUCGAGAUUGUCUGCCAACGUCUUCUUGGCCACAUAAUCGACACGAAAGAGCAGGACCGAAGUAAAACAUAUCUAGAGCAACUUUCCGUACUCGCAUCGAGUUUCAUCAGUAAACAGAAAGACUUGGGUUUACCGUCAACACCAGGUAGAGUCUUGUUGAUCAAAGCACUCUUUGAGUUCUCUGAGGCUCGUCUCACUCCAGAGGAGCUGUCAAAUUUCUCCCAUCGCUCAUCGUCCAUCAUCGAUUCAUUGGUCAAGCGGUUGUGGGAGGUACUAUCAAGCUCAACAGACAGCGAGCUUAGCGGUGACACUUUGGACAAGGCCCGUAUUGUUGUCCAAGUGUACACUGGCUUACCGGCAUCGGUUUUGUCCUCUGGCGGGUCUUCGACUGAGAAAUNNGUAAGCCCCUAA